AAGGACGGCUGUGAUAGGGCUGCGGUCGGCCUCCACCAGUAUAAAAGCCGCUCCCCGCUCCCAAAGGACACCAUUCGGACAGCAGACUCAAGAUGAAGCUCCUGAUCGUCCUGUGCCUCGCCGCUGUGGCCCUGGCCCGGCCCCAGGAUGAGAGGAACGCCGAGAUCAUCACCUACGAAAACGAGCUGAGGGAGGACCAGUCCUACGACUUCAACCUGGAAACCACCAACGGCAUUAUCCGCGAGGAGUCCGGCAUCUCGUACCCGGGUGCCGAGCCGGAGACCGGCAGCUACACCCAGUCGGGCAGCUUCGAGCACCCCCACCCGGACGGCUCGGUCACCUACCUGACCUUCAUCGCCGACGAGAACGGCUACCGGCCCGAGGGUGAUGCCAUCCCCGUGUUCACCGGACGCGUCGACAUCCAGGACGUCUAGAGGAGCCUAGUCCGUGUGCUGUCCACUGAAGGUCAUCUGGAUGCGGUGGCGGGGAAGGACACCGUCCUCGCCAGCAGCACAACAAAGGCAGGGGUGACACUUGGUCCCCAGAGUCUCUCAGAUGGCCAUCAGGACGAUGGGCAGCGGGAGCCUGCUCUUGCCCUCUGUGCAAGGAUUUCUGGUGGGCAUUUCAUACAACUUGCAUUGUGCUAUGCCAUUAUCAUUUUUCGUCCCUGUAAGGCCUGUGGACUUUCAGCCUGCUGUCCUUUCGAUGGUCGCGAUGAACGACUUGGAUGGAUCGGUAUCUUACUUCUUACUACCUUCGCGUUCACAAGUGUGAACAGUGAGCAUUUUUCUGUAUGCUCCGUUUCUACUUCUCGUUUGUAUACACAAAAUACAACAGAUUGUCUCCUG